GCUGUCGUUUCAAUCCUGGAUCGUGCAUCCGGAUGGGCGGGCAGCGGCUUUAAACAAGCUCUGUUUUUCAGGGCUGAAAUUGUCCCUUUAGAGAGUUCUCGUAAGAACUCGCUUGAACUCAAGCCCACGAUGUGGAAUAAGUCCUUAAUGUUUGUGACUUUUGUACUUCUGUGCUCAUCGGCUUUGGUCAUCGGCUCAGAACAAUGUACGUUCGAGGAGGGACCAUGCAGCGACUGGGUAUCCACAGAUUGCGACGACGGUGCUUGUUUUGUGGUGAAAAAAGUGGCCCUGAUGAAGAACGGGCCGGCAGUAGAUCGCACCAUGAGUUCAGAGGGUGGUUCAUGUGCCUAUUCAGCAAGAGGCGUCGCAACCCGUGGCACCACGUACGCCUCGCUCUCGCACAAUGCCACGGGACCCUUGUGCUUCACCGCAUGGUACCACCAGUCUGGCACUGAGCACGAAGGCGCCCACUUCUCCGUGAUGCACCCGGACGACGACUCACCGCUCGACUUUUACGUAACGCAGCGGGAGAUGGCCGGAAGCUGGCAGCGCGUCAGGUACUCCGAGAGGCGCACAGGGGCCGUCGUGAUACAAAUCACCCACAGAGUGAAGGAUAGCCCCGAGAAGGCCACGUUUGCGGUUGAUGACUUGACAGUGGAAAGCGGGCCUUGCGCCUCAGAACCGAGGAGUGCUUCCUGUGAUUUCGACUGGGGCGACGCAUGCGGCUAUGAAUUUGGAAGCGGGGGCAAUACCUGGAAACUGGAGGACAGCGGCCGAGAGAGCUUCAAGUCGAUAGACUACUCGACGAACACACUUCUCGGUGGUGUGGCUUACCUCGGUUCACUGGGAAACUCCACGAGAGCGCCUUUGAGGUCGCCGUUAGUGAAAGGCCGGAAGGAAAUGCAAUGUCUGCAGUUUCACUACUACGUGCCGUGGAGCCUGAGCACCCCAGAGAAAUCGUAUUCAUUAGCUGCUGCUCUAAAAGGAAGCUCCCAAACGACUGAACUUCUCUGGUCCCGUACUUCCAAGCGUUUGAUAAGGGGAGAGUGGACCACAGUGGACGUGGCUUUCAAGCAGGAAAGUGACUUUAAGAUUCAAUUUAGCUGCUCUCUGAUACCAGAAAAGUUCCUCCCCAAGCCAUACUGUGCCAUUGACGCCAUCCGCCUGUACAAGUGCACGGGAAGGCGAAAUUUUUUCGACCACCACUGCAACUUCGAGGAUGGGUGGUGUUCCUGGCAGAACCGGUAUUUACCGGAUCCCAACGUGGUCUCCUGGCUGAUUGGUGGAGAACACCUAAAAACUGCACUGCCGAGGCCUCCUCACGACCAUACUUUCGGGAACGGCACAGGGUCCUACCUGUUCGUCUCGAAUUUUGAAAGAAAGAAAGGAGACCAGGCCGAACUGAUAGGUGACAUCCUCUCUGUGGACAGCACAGUGACGCAGUGCAUCGAGUUUUGGUAUAUAAUCAGUGGAGAUGACAGCGCAGAGCUGAAGGUUCUUGCUAUCGAUCCAGAGCACGAGGCACGGGACAAUUCUCCGCUUUGGUCGCAGAAAGGUGGAGGCCCUGUCACAUGGCAACAGGGCCGUGUCGCAGCACUUCACGGCAGGCGGCCCAUUUUCCUGGCAACUAUGGGAUUGGCAUCGAUACCAGCAUAUACCGCUCUGGAUGACAUCGCUGUGAAAGAAUCUCACAAGUGCGAUACAUUACCAACAUCAGCUGAAGCUUUAUCCGCAGUGUACGUCUUGACGGUCACGCAAGCAUCUUCACCACCCAGUGGCGCCACGGUGAUCAGUCCUAAGUGGAACGGACAGAAUGAGCCGCAGUGCUUGGAGUUCUGGUACCUGGAGUCACGGGGAAGCGACGCCCAUCUGCAAGUGGAGCUAGUGGUGAAUGACGCACGCAAAGUUGUUUGGAGGAAACCUGUGCACAUGGAGCGUCAGUGGAUGCUGGCGCGAGUUGACAUCGUGCAAGACAAGACAUUCCAAGUGGCAUUUAGAGCAAACUUCUCAGGCAGCCAGGUGCAGUCAUUGAGCAUCGACGACGUUAUUCUACGGCCGGACGCUUGUGACCACCCAGCCGAGUGCGACUUCACCGACGGCUCGCCAUCCUCGUUCGCCUACCUCGACCUGACCACUGGCAGAGCCGAAGAUGAAUCGGAGGACGAGCGGCCGAAAUAUUACCACAGCGAACGUAUCCGUGUCCUGCUACAGAGACAGAGCCUCGACGAAGCGUGA